UCGCUUUAUUCAAGGCUUCCGCCAUUUUCUUGAUCUCUAAGAAUUCCUCUAAUAUCAUGCGCUCAGCUCCCUAAGAUUUCAUUCCAGUGGGAUUUGAUCUUCUUACUGUGCUCUGCGCUUUUGCCAUUUAAUUUUCAUUCAGCUCUGCGCGUCUGAUGAUUAGAUUAUCAUGACACAACAAGCAGGAUCUUCUUCCAUCACUUACAAAUGGACUUUUGACGUCUUCCUCAGCUUUCACGGCGAAGAUACUCGCUUAGGUUUCAUUGGCAAUCUCCGCGAAGCUCUGCGCCAAAGAGGAAUUCAUGCCUUUAUUGAUGAUGAAGGCAUCAGAACUGGAGAAGAAAUCACACCUGCACUUUUCCAAGCCAUCCGAGAAUCCAGAGUAGCAAUCAUAGUUUUCUCCAAAAACUUUGCUAACUCGAGCUUUUGCUUGGAAGAACUUGCAAAGAUUCUAGAGUGCCACAAGGAGGAAGGUCGGCUGAUAUAUCCAAUCUUUUAUUAUGUGGAUCCAUCGGAGCUUCGACGUCCAAGAGGAAGCUAUGCAAAAGCAUUGGCGAGACUAGAGAGACGAUUCAAAGACAAUCACGAGAAGGUGAAAAAAUGGAGAUUGGCUUUGUUCCAAGCUGCUAACUUGAAAGGCUGUCAUCUCAAACCCAAGAUUUCAAAAGAACACGAAUGUAUCACAAAGAUCAUUGGUGAAGUCUCUACUAGGAUUAAUCAUGAUCUCUUACACAUUAGUCGUUAUCCAAUUGGACUUGUGCCUCGCAUGAAAGAAGUGAUCUCACUUUUAGAACUUUGGUCUACCAAGGAAACUAAAAUGGUAGGGAUCUGGGGGGCUGGUGGAAUAGGUAAAUCAACAAUUGCAAGAGCCUUGUAUAAUUCAAUAGCUCAUCAUUUUGAAGGCUUAUGCUUUCUUUCUAAUGUGAGAAAAGAGUUCCAAAUGCCAAAUGGUUUGCCACAUCUUCAAGAGACAUUACUCUAUAAAUUAGCCAUGGAGAAGGAUCUUAAACUGGGUGAUUUUCAUGAAGGAAUACCAAUAAUAAAACGUAGGCUUAGUCGGAAAAAAAUUCUUUUGAUUCUUGAUGAUGUUGAUGAAUUGGUACAAUUAGAAGCACUUGCUGGGAGCUGUGAUUGGUUUGGUUUAGGAAGUAGACUUGUCAUCACAACCAGGAAUAAACAAUUGUUAGUAAGUCACACUCAUGUUAAAUGCAUUUAUGAAGUUAGAAAAUUAAAUAAAGAGGAAUCUCUUCAACUGCUUAGUUGGCAUGCCUUUAAAAAAGAGAAUGUGGAGUCUGACUUCAUAGAGGUUUCCAAUCGAGCAAUACUUUAUUCUUGUGGCUUCCCAUUAGCUUUAGAAGUUAUUGGCUCUAAUUUAUGUGGUAAAGGAGUCUAUCAAUGGAGUCUUGCCUUGGAUCAGUUUAAAGCAAUACCACAUGAAAGAGUUUUAGAAGUCAUCCAAUUAAGCUAUGAUGCUUUAGGAGAGUUUGAAAAAAAAGUUUUCCUUGACUUGGCUUGUUUCUUUAAUGGUGAGAAAUUGGGUGAUGUUAAGUGUAGGUUGCUAUGCCUUCGUGAAAUCCAACCAGAAUAUGCCAUCAAAGUACUCAUUGAUAAAUCCCUCAUAAAGAUUGAAGGAGAUUGUGUGAUAAUGCAUGACUUGAUAGAAGAUAUGGGUAAAGAGAUUGUUCGUCGAGAAUCACAAGAUGAACCUGGUGAACGUAGCAGGUUAUGGUUCUAUAAAGACAUUCUUCAAGUCUUACAACAUGACACGGGAACUAAUAAAGUUGAGGCCAUAGUUUUAGACUUGCCUCAAGGCAAAGAAGUACAGUGGAGUGGAGAGGCAUUCGUGAAGAUGAAGAAACUCAAAAUUCUUGUGAUAAAGAAUGCAAGUUUUUCUAAAGGCCUCGCAUAUCUCCCAAAUAGUUUAAGGUGGUUGGAGUGGAAGAAGUACCCCUUUAGAUUUUUACCGCUUGAUUUUUGUCCAAUGGAACUUGUCUAUAUGGACUUGUCCUCAAGUUAUGUUGAAUUGCUCCACUCAUUUGAUAUGAAGUUCGAGAGUUUAAGACACAUGGAUUUUAAAAGUUGUAAGUUCUUACAACAAAUACCAAACUUAUCAAGAGCUUCUAAUUUAACAGAGUUGUGUCUUGAUGAUUGUACAAGCUUAACUGAAAUUCAUGAUUCUGUUGGAAGUUUAAGUAAACUCAAAAAAUUAAGUGCUAUGCGAUGCAAAAACUUGAAGGUUUUACCACCUGGGCUUAAUAUGGCGUCUCUUGAACAUCUCAACCUAUUAGGAUGUUCAAAUCUACAAUAUUUCCCAGAAAUAUUAGUGAAGAUGACAAAGAUGAGAACACUUGAUUUGGAUAGGACAGCCAUCGUAGAAUUGCCAUCUUCAAUUUGUAAACUUGUUGGGCUUGAAAUUUUAAACAUGGAGGAGUGUCAUCAGCUUAAGCAACUACCUGCUAGCAUUUUCAUUUUGCCAAACCUUUGGUCACUUUGCACAAGUCUUUGUCAUGAGAUGAGAUAUUUGAAGACAGAUGAAGAAGAAGUGAGCAUAGAUGAAAGAAAUGAGUCUUCAAAAAUGGAAUAUUUUUAUUUUUCAAAUUGCAAUUUGUGUGCUGACUCUCUUGCUCUGUGUCUUUCUUACUUCCCAAAUUUGAUACAAUUAGACCUAAGUUAUGGAGAAUUCACAACUCUUCCUGCAUGCAUCGAAGAAUGUUGCAAAAUGAAAAGUCUUAACCUGGAUAAUUGCGAGCAUAUUCGAUAUAUUUUAGGGAUGCCGCCAAACCUAGAAAGAUUUAGUGCCAUAAAUUGCAAAUCAUUGACUAUGAUUUCUAAAGGCAGAGUAUUGGAUCAGGCAGUCUUCACCAAACAAGGAAAAUUAAACUAUGUUUUGCCACAAAAAGAGUUCCCAGAAGAGUUAGUGCUCAACAAAGUUAGCGAUUCCCCUCUAUCAUUAUCAAUUUGUGAAAAGUUCUCAAUGAUUCUAAUAUGGAUUUUGAUAAUCAAGCCAAGAAGGUUUCAAUGCUUCCAUAACAUGAAUGCAAAAAGACCCAUAAACAACACCAACCCUUAUAUCUCUGUGAGGAUUGAUGGUGUUAGCCAAAAAGUUCUUUCUGAUCAGUGGUUCUCAACAUUAAAAGUUAAUCAUUUAUAUAUAUUCGAUCUAUUCAGCAUUAUUAGCAAAGCUAAACUUGAACUUUCCCAAUCAUUCAAGUGGAAUGGCCGCAAUUGUGUGGAAAUUUCCAUCAAAGAUAAUAGUCGUUAUACGCAAAUUCAUUUAGGAACUAACAUAGCUGAACAAGGCAUUAAGUUUGAGAAAAAUUUGCAACCAGGAUGGAGACAUGAUGUAUUUCUAAGUUUUCAAGCCAGUGAUCAUCGUUCCCGCUUUUUCAAGAACAAGUUAUAUGAUGCCCUGUGUGAGAACAACAUUAGGGCUUUCAAUGCUAAAUUUAAGAAGGACGAAGGUAUUCUCCCAACUAUGGCUAGAGCAAUUGAGGAUGCUAGGAUUUCAAUUAUCGUAUUCUCUUCAUCCUAUGCUGAUUUCACAUGGUGUCUUGACGCGCUUGCUAUAAUCAUGGAUUGUAUGAAGACAAAGUGCAAAUUGGUUUUCCCAAUUUUCUACGAAGUAGACCCUUCAGAAGUAAGACAUCAAUCAGGAAGAUUUGGAUUAGCAAUGUUUGAGCAUGCAGAAUAUUUAAAGAAUGACAUAAAAAAGGUACAAAGGUGGAAGUUGGCUUUGUCUGAGGUAGCUCACUUGCUUGGUUGGAACUUAGGAAAAGGGCGAAAGCUGGAUAAUGUUAUCCCACGCAUUGUUGAAGAUGUUUCUCGUCGCCUUCAUUUAGAACAUUUAACAAAAUCAAUGGAGUUAAUUGGGAACACAAUGGAUCAUCGUGGACUGAGACAUGAUGUAUUGAUCCUGAGUUUUAAAGAAGUCUGCAGUGAUUCAAACAUUUUCGUGGACAAUCUAUAUGAUGCUUUGCAUGAGAGCAAUAUUAAUGCUUUCAAAUAUGUUGGGAGUUUUGGAUGGAGGGAAGAUUUGGGCCCAACUGCACUCAGGGCAAUUGAAGAGUCUAGGAUUUCAAUUAUUGUAUUUUCUGAAUUCUAUGCAUAUUCUGCAUGUUGUCUUGACGCACUUGUGAUGAUCCUUGAUUGUAUGAAAACGAAAAGCAAAUUGGUUUUGCCCGUUUUCUACAAUAUAGACCCUUCAACAAUAAGACAACAAACAGGAAGUUUUAAAUUAGUAAUGGCCAAGCAUGAAGACAGAUUAAAGGAUAACAUGGAAAAGUUAGAGAAGUGGGAGUUGGCUUUGUCUGAAGCAGCUCACAUGCUUGGUUGGAGCUUAGAAAAAGGGGAAGAAAUUGAUGUUGUCCCACGAAUUGUUGAAGAGGUUUCUUGUCACAUUCGUUUUGAACAUUUAGUGAGCCUCCCAAGUCAUCGUCAAGUCAAAACAUACCAGAGGAGAAAGAGAAGGCAACAGCUGGCCUAGAAAAGGAGGAAACACUAUGCAAGAGAAAGGAAGGAAGAUGGAGCCAUGAAUGAAGGGUGCUGAAAAGCCACUAAACACACAUGGAAACAGCAAUGGAGAAGAGACUCCAAAUUCUUAUCUCAACGAUGAUAGAAGCAGGAAGGAGGAGGUUUCGAAUGUACGAAGAGGCAGGACAAAGAACAUGAACUCUCAUCCCAAUCAAAG